GAUAUGAUACUCUCGACCAAGGAAUGGUGAUUGCCCCUUCAUUGCUGUCGAUUCCUGUGAAAUGGGUCCGUGCACAACUACCAAAAGCUACUAAGAUUUCGCAAAUGAAUCCAAGUUCCUAACACCGAGCCCUCUUCCCUUACAGCAUUCAAAGUUCGAAGCGCCGGCUACGGUCUAGUCAAAGAAGCUGACAAGAAAUGUGGCGUUCGAACCAUUCACAAAUCUAUCUCACAGCGCACGCGUCAAACAGCUUACUUCCAACUCCAGGUCUGGUUUUGACCAACAAGGAGUCUACCCGCUUUGGAAGGCAUCGCGUGGGUCGGAAGUAUCAAAGAGCAGGAGUGGGGCGGAUAGGAGCGACGGCAAAGGUUUCGUCCGGAGUUAUGCCUCAAGCCCAACCAAUCAAGGCUCAGCCCUGGGUCAGAAAUCCGGGGUAGCCUGCCUCGGUGAUCGACAAACACCUAGGUAGCUUUACCGAUGAAGACAUUUACUAUUGUAGCUUGUUAGGGAAUUCUGUUUAAUGUUCUUCCAUCUUUCCAAGUUUAUCCUUUUUCACUGAUGCUUCACAGGUUAUUGUAGCUUUUUGCAGUUUUUGACAUUCCUAAAUACCAAUUUGUUUGUUUAGCAACAGCAUUUGAUUCCAAUCAUUAUGGCGCUCGCAACGGCAGUUGUAGCAGGCACAUCUGCAGCAGCAAUGUAUCUCGAUGGCAAAUAUUCCAUAUUAAAAGAUUUGAAUGAUAAAUUGAAAAUGAGGCGAACCAUGAAGUGGUACGCCGAAGCUGAGAAAAAUAGAAAACUAUGUCUUUAUUAUCUGUUUGAGGAAAGCGUGCAUCGUCAUCCAAACACAGAAUGUAUCUGGUCACGAGAGGGCUGUUACACUUGGAAACAAUCCUACGAUCUCGUGAAUCAAUACGGUCAAUGGUAUCUCUCCCAAGGUGUGAAGCCUGGCGAUUUAGUAGCAUUUUAUCUUCAAAAUUCUCCCGACUUUUUGUUCGCUUGGUUGGGAUUAUGGUCGAUAGGAGCUGCACCAGCAAUGAUCAACUAUAAUUUGGCUGGAAAAGCAUUGAUUCACUGCGUCAAGGUUCCAAAAUCCAAACUCAUUUUGGUGGAUGAUGAUGCGGAGUUAAGAGGGAGGAUUGAGGAUGAGAGAGAGGAGUUAGAAGGGGAAUUGGGAAUUAAAAUCGUUUUCAUGGAUAGCUCUACUUUGUCGGAAAUACGCAGUGGAAAGGCUGAAAGACCAGAAGAUAUUUAUAGAGAGGAAGUCAAAGGAAACUCGCCUCUGGGUUUGUUGUAUACCAGUGGAACUACAGGGUUACCGAAAGGAUGUAGUUUUGAGGUAGCCAGAGGCUUUGUGGCGGGAGUUGGGAGAGCAGCUGGUAAAUCUCCAGUAAGAGACGAUGAUCGAUGGUACAACUGCAUGCCUUUGUAUCAUGGAACCGGUGGUAUCACUGCCGUAGCCAACUUGAUGAGUGGGAUCACAAAUUGUGUCGGCAAGAAAUUCAGCACUUCGAAAUUUUGGGGAGAUAUACGAGACUCAAAAGCAACAUGGUUUACAUAUGUUGGCGAGACGGCUCGCUACCUACUCGCUGCACCACCUUCUCCUCAGGACAAAAAUCAUUGCGUUCGAGUCAUGUAUGGAAACGGUAUGCGACCAGAUGUGUGGAACAAAUUCAAAGAACGAUUUGGUAUCCCUGAAGUUGUUGAGUUUUUUAACAGUACAGAGGGAGUGUUUGCACUCACCAACCAUGCACGUGGAGACUGGUUGGCUACUUGUGUGGGACAUCACGGACUUAUCUCCAGAUGGCAAUUCAAUGAUCUUUAUGUUCCCGUCAAGAUAGACGAUGUUUCUGGGGCCAUUGCACGAGAUCCUAAAACUGGAUUCGCAACUCGGGAACCAUUUGAGAAGGGUGGCGAGAUUAUCGUUGCAAUUCCAAAUACAGCUGCAUUCGCGGGCUACUUCAAUAACCCAGAAGCUACAGGUAAAAAGUUCGAGAGCAAUGUAUUCAAGAAAGGAGAUCUUUAUUACAGAACAGGCGAUGCUCUGCGUCGAGAUAAUGACGGGCGAUGGUUUUUCCUUGAUCGAUUAGGCGAUACCUUCCGUUGGAAAGGAGAAAACGUCAGCACAGCAGAAGUAGCAGAGGUAUUAGGGAAAUUCGACGGAGUUGUGGAGGCUAUUGUUUAUGGUGUUCAAUUACCCUCCCACGAUGGUAGAGCUGGAUGUGCUGCUGUGUUUAUCGAUCCAAGUAUCAACAAUUUCGAUUUUGCUGGGCUUUUGAAACACACACGCAAACAUCUCCCUAAAUAUGCAGUUCCGGUCUUCCUCCGGAUCGUCAAGGAGAUGGUUCCAAUCCACAACAAUAAGCAGAAUAAAACACCACUUCGUGAACAGGGUGUGGAUCACGAUAAAGUCAAAGCGGAUGAUAAACUACUUUGGAUAGAGGAGAAGGGCAAAGGCAAUACAUAUGUAGAGUUCCACCGAGAUCACUGGGCAGAUUUGGAGCUUGGAAAAGCAAGGUUGUAAGAUUUUGGUAUUUGAACAAUUGGAGAUGACGAUUGUAUUUGCGGGAUAUCAACGGAUAGUUUAGUAUAUUUGAGAAACGAGUAAAAUUCAAGUUACUUCCUGUUCGUUUGAGAGUGACA